GAAGUAAACUUCUCUCGUUGCUUCCUUGCUCUCGUUGUAAAGCCAUGGCUGCUUCCUACGUCAUCCUCCUCCUCGCUGCUCUCCUUGCUUUGGUUUCUUCCCCUUCCAUGGCCCGCGAUCCCGGUGCUCUCCAGGACUUGUGUGUUGCGGAUAACACAUCCAAUGUGUUCGUCAACGGAUUUGUCUGCAAGGAUCCAAAGCUCGUCAAAGCCGAGGACUUCUUCUUCUCCGGUCUCGACCAGCCUCGCAACACCACCAACAAAGUCGGCUCCAACGUCACGCUCCUAAACGCGAACCGAAUUCCCGGCCUCAACACCCUCGGCAUCUCCAUGGCCCGGGUGGACUACGCGCCGUUUGGCCUUAACCCUCCUCACAUCCAUCCCCGGGCGACGGAGAUUCAGACGGUGUUGGAAGGCUCGCUCUACGUCGGCUUCGUCACCUCCAACCCCGACAACAGGCUCGUCACCAAAGUGCUUCGCAAGGGUGAUGUGUUUGUGUUCCCCCAAGGCCUCAUCCACUUCCAGUUCAACUACGGCACCAACAAGGCCGUCGCACUCUCCGGUCUCAGCAGCCAAAACCCGGGGGUGAUCACCAUUGCCAAUUCCGUCUUCGGCUCCAAACCGGCCAUCUCGGAUGAUAUCCUCGCUAAGGCCCUCGGGGUGGACAAGAAGAUCGUAGACCGGAUUCAGGCUCAUUUCUAGGAUCUCAAACGAGCUAGGGAACCGCUGCUGCAUGCUGCUCCUUGUCAUCAUCAUCAUUCUCUCUAUUCAUUCGUUUGAUUUGAUCGUCGUAUGUAUUUUGUCCCUUGUGAACGUUCUUGAUGUUUCUAGAUUGAAUAAUGUUAAUGCUAUCGUUAAUUAUCUCAA